AUGGACCCUCCCGACCCCCUGCCGCUCCGUAUAACGAGGAGCGCCUCGUCGUCCUCCUCCCUCCAUUUCAAGCCACGCGACCGUAAACUUCACCUUUUGGUCGCCGCCACCGGCCCCCGCGACAUAUCAUGGGCUCAAGCCCUCGUCGUGCGGCUCUCCAAGAGCUCCGCUAUCGAGAUGCGCGCCAUCGUCGACGAUACCGUCCCCCGAUUGAGCCAGACCGUCAUUACCAUGCAGAACCGAUCCAUGUGUCCUCCCCUGCCUCCAGUGCGCGCCGCCGACACCGACGCCGACGAUAUAGAGUUUUACCGCCAGCAAGCCUUCGAACUGGUAGAGUGGGCCGAUCUCAUGGUUUUGGCCCCGAUCGACGCGGAUAACAUUUCCAAGAUGAUGGCGGGCAUUGCCGAUACGUUCCUCCUCGAGGUACUGAGGGGGUGGGAUGCUGCCAAGAAGAUCCUCCUGGUGCCCGGCAUGAGCACACAUAUGUGGGAGAACCCCGUCACAAAACGGCAGCUCAACAAGAUCAACAGCAAGUGGACUUGGAUCCGCGCCAUGACCCCGAUUCUGUGGCACUACGACGGAUCACCGAAGAACCCGAAGCGGAUUGUCAACUGGAAUGGAUUCAACGAUGUGUUGGGCAUCAUCAAGAACCAGGCCGACCUCCUUGGCCUCGGGCGGGACGUCGACGUUGUCACUCACCUUGGGUACCUGGCGACUGGGGAUCCGCGGGUCUACUCUAAUUUGCCUCCCGAAAUUUGGACCAUCAUUCUGGACUAUGCUGGCGAUUGGGAACUCGCGCAGGCCCUGGGAAUCUUUACGAACCUACCAAUGCCGCAUCCUUGGACAUUGCAGCCGAAAGAUUCGCGAGAUCCGAUCAAGGUCUACGAGCACGAGCUAGAAUGGCUUGUCCUCACCUGCGACACGACCGCCAUCUGCAAGAAGCUCCUCCAAUCGCCCCCUACACUGCACGACUUGCCCGCCCUUGUGGUCGGGCUUCUAAUCAAGUUUUCACUCAUCGACGUGCUCAAAUGGAUGGAGGCCAACCGGCCCGAUCUCUUCAAGCACGCUUUCGAUGGCAAAGUUCUCCCGACCAAGGCUUCGGCGUAUUAUGGUCGCCCCGAUGUCUUGGAUUAUUGGAAGGAGAGCAAAUAUUUCAGGGGCAAGCACCAACAGUCGUACGACGCCGAGGCUGUCGACGGUGCUUCCAAAAUGGGGUUUAUUCAAGUACUCGACUGGUGGUGGCGGCAUUCCGGUUUGCCUCUGCGUUUCACCGAGGCCGCCUUGGAGCAAGCCAGCGGAAAGGGACAUCUGCUGGUCCUUGAAUGGUGGAGGGAUGCUGCGGCGCAGGAUGAAAGGAUCGUCCUGCGUCCCGGCAAAGCUCUGCUGUGGGCUGCUCAGCAUGGCCAGGUUGAUGUUAUUAAAUGGUGGAUGGCUUCUGGCAUUCCCAUCGCCCACGGUGACGGUGUAGCUAAGAUUGCCUCGCGGUGGGGCCAGGUCGGCGUCCUCGAGCUUUGGCGCAAGCUCAAGGGAGACGACAAACUCACAUUCGACGGCGAGGUGCUCGUCCAGCCGACGAUUCACCAGCACAUCGGCGUGCUGGAGUGGUGGCGCAAGUUUGCCUACGGCGAACUGGACGGCAUGGAAGGAAGGAAACAACGCGUCGAAUACCGAACGUGCGAUAUCGAGGAAGCUUUGGAGGACAGCAUCGGCGACCAGGAGCCGGUGCGUAAAUGGUGGGCCAGCAACGGGCUCAAUCUCGGACUCCGCAAUGUUGAAUGGAUGCGGGCCAGGUGUUUGUAG